UUUUUUUUUUUUUUUUUUUUACGAGGUGUUCUGAAUAUAGCAGCUAUGCUAGCACAGGACAGGAAAAGAGAACAAAUUUGGCUGAGAAAAAACAGUGGAUACAAACAGCAGAAUGCAAAGGACCAGACCACUAAAAGGAAGAAAAAAAUGUAGGGAAUUGGAACUUAGCAUUGUUGAGCAACCUGGUCUAGUGGGAGGCGUCCCUGCCUAUAGCAGGGGGUUGGAACUCGAUGAUCUUAAAGGUCCCUUCCAACCCAAACCAUUCUAUGAUUCUAUAAUUGUUAAGCACAGAAAACAGCCACGACACUUUCAAACCUAAAUCUUUUGCUUGCCAGCACAAGCAGCUGUCUUAGCUAAAAGGAAUUCAUACAUUCAAAGUGUUUGAGGUAAAUUAUGAAUGAACUACCCGGGAAAACAAUGUACAUGGUGGCUAUCUCUACAACUCUGAAAAGAAUUCACUUCCUGCUUCUAGUUCUCUUAUCAGAUUGCUUCAGCUUUAGUCAGGUGCAUUAAGGUUGGACUAUACUGAAAAUUAGCAGGCAGGAACCUGCACAGUGAACAGGUGACAGAGGCACUUCGCUAAGGAGAAAGGCUUGGCACUACAGAUAAGCAAACUGUGACUCCAAUUCACUUGAACUGCAAGAGAGCGGCCCAAGACCUGAUUGGGCGAGUAGGCUUUGUGAGGGAGAGGACUGGCUGCCAAAAAAGGCCUCUUGCUGCUUAUGUGGCUAUAGGUCUUGCUGCUUAUGUGGAUCAAAACAGUGGUUGAGCUUUAGUUUAUCUUUAGUCACUGUCACCUGCCUGUCUCCUAAGGCUCUUCUGUACAAGGACUUCUCUAGUGCAGACUUCUGAAUUGCCUGUCUGUGGCCAAUGAUGAAUCACUGGUGUAGGUAAGCACCUCGCAGUAACAGCAUGUAGCUCUCAGAUCAGAUAAACAUCUAUCUCCAGUCCUUCCUCUGGUGAGACCGGCACGCAACCUGCAAGACGGCAAGUUAAAGAUGAGGCUUCCCAUAAAAGGGGGGUGGGGAUGAAAUCUCUUGGCAAGAAGCAAGGUUUUCUUUGCGUUGUUCUGCUUUCAGUUUUUAUUAAGUUCCGUUCUGUUGGCUUUAAUGUACGCUCAUAUAAAAGGUUGGUUCCUCCCAGUCAGACUGAUUGGGUUUGGUCCCCUUCUCUGUGCUGUUGGUGCUGUUGUGAUUUAUUUGGCUGGCACCAUAGACCUCAUAUCAUCUAGCAGAGCGAUGCUUAUGUCACUGAAAAACUGAGGCUUUAUAUCACCGUUACCAUGGGAAACAACACAUGAAAGAAGAGGCCCUUCCAGGGAGCAAGAGGAACAACCUCUACUUUCUGAGAACAGAGCUGAUGAAACUGGUAUCACAGUAUUGCCUGCUCAUCUGAUAGCCUCAUCUUUAAAGGACUGUUAGCACACUGAAGAGAAGACAUACACGAUCUGCAGAGCAAUAACCUGCACCGGUGAUCUCCCCGUGAUAAAUUUAAAACUCCACAGAUGCAGUUUAUGAAAGAUGACUGAGCAGCUACUUUCCGUAUGAGUAUUUUAUUCUGGAGAACUGUAAGGCAGUAAAGCUUGAUGCCUUCACAUCAAGCUUUUAUGGAAGAAACACUUAACCGAAAUAUAAGUUAUUGGGCAGAGUAACAAUGUCAUAGGCAAACAGGACGGGAGCAAGUAGAAUAACUGAACGUUAUGUCCAGAAUAAUAGUUUGUCAUAGAGGACAUCAGCUCUCCAGGGAUCUAUGAGUUUUUCUCCCUUCCCAGCCAACUUCUCUAGCUUUCUUUCUGCUUCUCACUGUGACUCUCCAGUUCCUCCUGCUAUCAAGCAAGCAGCCUUCCCUGUUGAGAAAUUGCUUUUACUCUUGCUUGGCUGACCUUUUGUGGGACACAGAGGAGAGCGGCAUUUGCAGGCUGCUAGCACAGCUGCUCUGCAGAGGGACUCAGAACCAUCCUAUUUGGCCAGCGCAUGUCCUGUGUGUUCUUCUCCUUCCCAAGAUCCCCCCAAAAGAGUGCUGGGGGAUUUAUAGAGAAAUUAGUAGAAAUAGCUGGGCUUCUUCCUGUGAUAAGAACCAUAGGAAACCUCAGCCCCACCUGCCCUUACACCGCACACACACACCCUACUUCUCAUUUGACAUUUUGACCAUUAUCAGCAUUUGUGUAACAUCAGCGGUAGCUUUACUACAUAUAAAACCUGCUGUGGGAGACAUCAAGCAAAAAGGCACCAACUGGCAUGCCUUCGUUUCUUUCCUUAGCAAGACAAGCAGACCUUAGGAAGAGCAAAGAACAAUGAAUAAAGAGAGAUCUCCCUACACAAAGUCCAGACAGCUCUUUUCUUCCACAGCUACAUGGUACAACUUAGAAAACUGGUUAUCCUACAUAGUGGGACUAGAAACGCCUCCCACACAACCACUGAGUGCCUUCCUCCUCUCUGCUCACUACAGAUGAUCCUUUCAUUACUUUUUCUGAGUUUGAGGUACAUUUUACAACUCAUAAAAAAGAACGAAAGUUCUGCUGAACGAGAGCUCCUUAGUGACAUCUGCUUUUAAUAAUUAGUGAGUAAGAUGAUGUGGCUUUAACUAAGUAAUUAGGCUCUCACUGGAAACUUUCUAUUGCCUUACACACUGUAAGAUGCGUUUUAUUUCUUUUCUGCAUGUAAAGGACCAUCUCUCAUGAGCAUCGAGGAGAGAAGCACUUGUGAUACGAUCUGCAAGGAAAUACAGAGUUUCCGCCAACAGACGCAGCUACCUAGUGACAUCUGCUUUUUGCAGCUGCUGGGUAUCACAGCAUAGGCAGAACUUCACUGGCAGAGAUACCUGGCCAGAAACAAGCAAUUCUGCUCCACCAGAAGCGAGGAGCUUCUUUGCAUCAUUUGAAAAGAAAGAGGGGAGAAAAGGAACUGGGGAAAAAACAUGAGUUCUUCAAGUACAGAGUCCCUUGAAUCUGACACCUCAACCACUUACGACUAUUAUGAAAAUUACAAUGAUGCUCCACAACCUUGCAGUAAGGAAACCGUCAAGAGGUUUGCAGCCUCUUUCCUCCCCGUUCUGUAUACCUUGGUAUUCCUGGUUGGGCUAAUAGGAAACACUCUUGUCAUUGUGGUCCUCUUUAAAUACAAGAGACUGAAGAGCAUGACUGAUGUGUACCUACUAAAUCUCGCCAUCUCAGAUUUGCUCUUUGUUUUAUCCCUGCCAUUCUGGUCUUAUUUCACAAUAGACCAAUGGGUUUUUGGAACUCCCUGGUGUAAAAUUAUUUCAUGGAUCUUUCUGGUUGGGUUCUACAGUGGGAUAUUUUUUAUUAUGCUUAUGAGCAUAGACAGAUACCUGGCAAUUGUUCGUGCGGUGUUUUCCAUGAAAGCAAGAACUGCCUUCCACGGCCUGAUUGCCAGUCUUAUUGUAUGGCUGAUAGCUCUUUUAGCUUCAGUUCCAGAACUUGUAUUUAGAGAGUCUUUUGUUGAGCAAAAUUAUACUACCUGCAAGCUGAAAUAUCCAGGCAACUACAUGACAUGGAAACUCUUCUACACUUUGGAAAUCAACAUUCUUGGGCUCCUACUCCCUUUUACAGUUAUGGCAUUUUGUUACGCCAUGAUUAUUAAGACUUUACUACACUGUAGAAAUGAGAAAAAGAAUAAGGCUGUGAGGAUGAUCUUUGCUGUCAUGACUGUGUUUUUCUUCUUCUGGACCCCUUACAAUAUCGUAAUUCUAUUACAACUGCUGGAAGUUACUGGACUUAUUAGAAACUGUCAAGUGAGUAGGAACCUGGACUAUGCAUUCCAAAUAACUGAAACCCUCGGCCUUUUUCACUGUUGCCUCAAUCCAGUCAUCUAUUUCUUCAUGGGGGAAAAAUUUAAGAAGUACGUGAAGAUGCUCUUUAAGAACUGGCAGUUACCUGGACAUAUUUGCAAGUGGUGCGGACUUCAUGCCACUUACCACACCGAGUCUACUGGUUCAUUCCACACACAAUCUACUGGGGACCAAGAAGCUCUGUAAUGCGUUCCAGACCAACUGACAAAAAUAAACUGACAAAAGCAGGAACUUCGAAAAGCUCAGAAAAUGCACAGCAUUUAAGUCAGAUAGUCUUUGAUAGUAACUUACUUCAUCUUUGAUUUCUGCCUCUUAGAUUUUCUGAAUACUAUGACAGAAACUGUCCUAGAUGUGAGAUCUGGGAGACGGACACGUAUGUUUUUAUCUGCUGCAAUUCGAAAUCACUGCUAAGAUGUAAUAGCAGCCUCAACUCACUGCAAGUAUUAUGCUCUGUUGCUUGUUUUUCACCAGCAUCAAGAAAUGAUUGGUCUGAAUGGAGGGCAGAGGAGAAACAACUUGCCAUCUCAAAGUGCAUUCAGAAAGUAUCUUUGUUUAUUCAAAAAUAUUACCGUAUUUUUUUAUUCUACAGCUGGUCUGCGUAGGUUUUGUUUGCUCAGACGUUUAGCAAUCUAUUAACAAUAGCAGCUACUGUUAAAAGAUUCAUCUCAGGAAAGGCUACACCUUCUGCCAUUAGGAAGAAAGGACACAAAACACACUCUUUAUGCACACAAAGAUGCAAAGCCAAUGCAUUAUGUUGUGCUACAAAUCUAGCUUUGUUUUCUUUCAGGUAUCCAAAUUGUCUAUGAGUAGAUAUAUAUAGGCAUUCUGAAUUACUUAACCACCAUAAUUCAGGAUGGCAAUUCUUUUAAUUAAUACUGAAAGUGUAGUGGGUUUUUUGUUUUGUUGUUGUUUUGUUUUUAAAUAAAUCUUUUUAAAAAUUUGUUUUCCUGUGUGCAUGAAUAAAUUUGAUAUAUCUUAUAAAAAUA